UGCAGAGUCAUCAGACUCGCUGAAAACAACAGAGCCAGGACCUGACAGAACCUGGUUCCGGGUCUUUGGGUCAGCGCAGCGGGCCGCCAUGUGGAUCGAACCGGAGGAGGUUCUGCUGGCCGGGGCUCUGUGGGUCUCGGAGCGGGCCAACCCGUUCUUCAUCCUGCAGAGGAGGAGGGGGCACGGCCGCGGAGGGGGGCUGUCCGGUAGGCCUCCUGGUGGGACGCUGGACGUGGUUCUGGACUCCAGCGCCAGGGUGGCUCCCUACAGGAUCCUGCUGCAGACCGCCGACUCCCAGAUCUACUGGAACAUCGCCUGUGGUUCCUCCAGGAAGGAAAUCACGGAGCACUGGGAUUUCCUGGAAUCCAACCUGCUGCAGACCAUCUUCAUCUUCGACAACGAUGAAGACGUCAUCACCUUCGUCAAAGGGAAGAUCUCGGGCAUCAUCGGAGGAGAGCGGCUGAAGCGGAGCGAGGAGCAGGAAGAGAACAGCGGGAAGUUCCUGGAGGCGGAGCUGAAGAUGCGGAAGCUGUUUGGGAUGCCGGAGGAGGAGAAGCUGGUCAACUAUCACUCCUGCAGCUUGAAGGGGCGUGUCCCGCGCCAGGGCUGGCUCUACCUGUCCAUCAACCACCUGUGCUUCUACUCCUUCCUGCUGGGGAAGGAAGUGACGCUGGUGGUGCCGUGGACCGAGGUGACCCAGCUGGAGAAGAACGCCACGCUGGUGUUCCCGGAGAGCGUCCGCGUGAGCACCCGGAACGCCGAGCAUUUCUUCUCCAUGUUCCUGAACGUCAACGAUGCCUUCAAGCUGAUGGAGCAGCUCGCCAACAUCGCCAUGCGCCAGCUGCUGGACAACGAGGCGUUCGCCGCCGACCGCUCGCUGCCCACCUGCAAGACGCUGAAGAACGUCUCUGCCCUGAAGAGGGACUUCGACGCCCCCAAGAACGAGCGGUACCGGUCCAUGUUUCGGCUGACGCGGGACGAGCGGCUGGACGGACACACGGACUGCACGCUGUGGACGCCGUUCGCCAAGAUGCACGUGGGGCCAGCUGUUCAUCUCCACAACUACAUCUGCUUCUGCAGCAGAGAGGAGGAGCUGUGCCAGCUCAUCAUCCCGCUCAGAGAGGUGACCAUCGUGGAGAAGGCGGACAGCAGCAGCGUCUUGCCGUCUCCCGUCUCCAUCAGCACCAAGAACAAGAUGAACUUCCUGUUCGCCAACCUCAAAGACAGGGACUUCCUGGUUCAGCGGAUCUCAGACUUCCUGCAGCGGACGCCGGACGGCUCGUGGAGCGACACCAAUCCGCUGUCUCUGAUUGGCUCCCCGGUACGCCAGGCUUGGCUGUCAGAACCUUGUGGUUCUGGUUCUGUCUCACCCGACUCCGCCCACCAGGGGCGCCAUUACCACGGCGGCCUGCCCACCGCCCAGCAGGGCCUGCUGCGGCUGUACAGCAGCGGGGCGCCGGGAGACGCUGACCCGUCCUCCGUCCCGCAGAUGAAGGAGCGGAUGAAGGAGGAGGCGUGGAACAUUCACUUCUCCGAGUUCGGCCGGGGCGUCUGCAUGUACAGAACCUCCAGAACCCGAGAGCUGGUUCUGAACGGGAUCCCGGAGCGCCUGAGGGGGGAGCUGUGGCUGCUGUUCUCUGCAGGCGCUCAGAACGAGAUGGCCGCUCACCCUGGUUACUAUGGCGACCUGGUGGAGCAGGCCACGGGCCUCUGCUCAUUGGCCGCCGAGGAGAUCGAGCGCGACCUCCAUCGCUCGAUGCCCGAGCACAGAGCCUUCCAGAACGAGACGGGCAUCGCCGCGCUGCGCCGCGUCCUGACCGCCUACGCCCACCGCAACCCCAACAUCGGCUACUGCCAGGCCAUGAACAUCGUUACAUCCGUCCUGCUGCUGUACGGAACCGAGGAGGAGGCCUUCUGGCUGCUGGUGGCGCUGUGCGAGCGCAUGCUGCCCGACUACUACAACACCCGGGUCGUAGGCGCGCUGGUGGACCAGGGCGUGUGAGAGCUGACCCGGGCCUUCCUGCCGCCCCUCUACGACCACAUGCAGGCGCUGGGCGUCAUCACCACCAUCAGCCUGUCCUGGUUCCUCACCCUCUUCCUGUCCGUCAUGCCGUUCGACAGCGCCGUCCUGCUGGUCGACUGCUUCUUCUACGAAGGCAUCAAGGUCAUCUUCCAGGUGGCGCUGGCCGUCCUUCAUGACAACAUGGACGCCCUGCUGGUCUGCAGCGAUGAGGGCGAAGCCAUGACCAUCUGGGGCAGGUACCUGGACAACGUUGUGAACAAGCAGACGGUGGCUCCGCCCACUCCCCACCUCCACGCCCUGCUGACGAGCGGAGACGACCCUCCGCAGGAGAUCGACGUCUUCGACCUCAUCAGGGCGUCCUAUGAGAAGUUCGGCAGCCUGCGGUCUGACGUCAUCGAGCAGAUGCGUUUUAAGCAGAGGUUAAAGGUCAUCCAGUCGCUGGAAGACACGGCGAAGAGGAGCGUGGUGAGGGCGAUGAUGACGGAGCUGGCCUUCAGCAUCGAGGAGCUGGAGGAGCUGUACUGUCUCUUUAAGUCCAAGCACAUGACCAGCUGCUACUGGGGCUCCAGCAGCUCGGCGGCGGAGCGCCACGAUCCCAGCCUGCCCUACCUGGAGCAGUACCGGAUCGACCCGGUCCAGUUCGCCCAGCUCUUCUCGGCGCUGUCCCCCUGGGUCUGCGGAAGCCACACCCCCGCGCUGUCGGCCCGCUCUUCAGGCUGCUGGACCAGAAACCAGGACGGGCUGGUCAACUUCAAAGAGUUCAGCACCGGCCUCAGUGGGAUGUUCCACGGCGACAUGACGGAGAAGCUGAAGCUGCUCUACAAGCUCCACCUCCCACCAGCUCUGUGUGCUGAGGAGGCGGAGUCUGCUCUGGAGGCCACACACUUCUUCACUGAGGACAAACAUCAAGAAUCUUCCUUCCUGUCUGAUCUGGAUUCUGUGCGGCAGCAGGAAGUGACAUCAGGUGAAGAACCAAAGAAUGGAGGAGAAGAUGGUGAGGAGAAGAAAGAGGUGAAGGACUACAGGUACUACCUGAGGAUGUGGGCAGAAGAGAAGGAGCCCAAGAGGGAAACCAUCAAGGAUUUGCCCAGGAUGAACCAGGAGCAGUUUAUCGAGCUGUGUAAGACGCUGUACAACAUGUUCAGCGAGGAGCCGAGCGAGCAGCAGCUGUACCACGCCAUCGCCACCGUGGCCAGCCUCCUGCUGCGCAUCGGAGAGGUCGGCAAGAAGUUCGGCAACGGCGCCAAGAGGGCCGAGGCCCCGCCUCCCGCCCGGCCCGGGGAGGAGGGGCCCGGCGAGGGAACCUCGGCCGACGCCCAGGUGUGCCGGGCUCUGGCCGACGCCCAGCUGGAGCCGACCACGUCCGACGAGGAGACGAAGGACGACGCGUCGGUGUCGUCGUUCUCGGUGGUGAGCUCCGGCUCGCUGCAGUGCGAGGACAUCGCCGACGACACGGUGCUGGUCAGCGGCGAGGAGAGGCGGGGAAGCGCGCUGGACGCUGAUUGGUCAAUCACCUUUGAGCAAGUGCUGGCCUCACUGUUGACAGAACCGCUGGUCGAGUAUUUCGAGAGGAAGAUGGACAUCCAGGCCAAAAUGGCUGCCUGUAAGGCUCAGCGGGCCGUGGAGCGCCAGAUAAGCUCCGCCUCCGACCACGAACUCAGCCAGCAUUCCUCCUGACUCACCUGAUCACCUGGUUACCUGGUAACAUGAUCACCUGGUUACCUGGUAACAUGAUCACCUGGUUACCUGGUUACAUGAUCACCUGGUUACCUGGUUACUGAUCACCACUCAGUUCUCCCGCCUCCUGAUUGGUCACCUGCGUCUCCUGUGUCCGUUUGAGUCUGAUUGGACCAUUGCUGACGAUGCAACAUCAAUAGUGUCUCUGACUGGUCAGUCACUGACUGAGCUAUGACAUCAUCAUGUGACUUCCUGUGGGUGUUUCACAGUAAAAGCUUAGCUGGUGUUUAUUGAUCUCUGAUUGGUUCCCCAGUCUGCUGCAGGUGAACAGGUGUAUAUACAUCCUGUUUGUCACAUGACUCUGUAGUGAUGUCAUCACAGGAAGUAAAAUAAAAUAAAUAAUAAAUAAUGGCUGACAAAAAACAAGUUCAGUGUUCAUUCAAGUUUUUAUUUUGUAGUUGUUGUUUUUGUGCCCCAUUUACUUCCUGUACAGUGUGACGUCACAGUGUUUUUAUCUGUUUAUCUGCCUGCUUUUAAAUCUGUUGCAUUAAUCAGUUAUUGAUCUGUUCCAAUAAACCUGGAGAAACCUG